UCGUAGAAUGGAGGUAUCCGGCAAGAAACUCAUAGAAGAAGCAUCUUCCUUUGACGCAGUCGGCUCCCAUGAAUUAACGAACAAAAGACUAGGCGUUCAGGCUGAAGGUUAUGUUGACGUGACGAACUUCAAGUUCACACCAUCCUCGUCCAUACCAGUCAAGGAUCCAUCUGACGCUAUUGACUGCUGGCUGACGAGCAUGCUCCUUCUGCCAAUGAACCGACUUCUACUUACUGAUUAUCACAACGAAACAGUGAAGCUUGUGGAUCUGGAGACAAGUAGACUGGUGUCCCAGGUCAGAGUGCCAGGUGGACCAUGUGACAUGUGUCUCCUCCCCGGUGACAGGGUGGCAGUUUCUUUAACUUCCGGUAAAAUUCAGUUCCUGGAGACUCGGGGAGAAAUCGCUCUUGGAGCCAACAUCAGGGUGGACAGCGACUGUCGAGGUAUUGGCUACCAUAAUGACAGACUGAUACUAUCAUAUUACAGUGGAAAAGUGGAGAUGAUGGACAUGAAAACGACCAAGAAGAUAGAUACAGUCAUAGAGGAGUCAAUGUUUUGUGAUCCCGAGUACCUGGCAGUUAUCAUGGAAGAUCAGACAGCAGUCAUCUAUGUAUCAGACUUCAAAAAGAAUACCAUCAGCAAGCUGGACAUGGACCUGAACCUCAUCCAGACUUUCCAGAAUCCUGCACUAAGAGCACCAACAAGCAUCCUUUUGUUGGAUAACCAGCUCAUCAUCUGUGGUUUUGGGAGUGACAAUAUAAUGCGCCUGGACCUGCCCAGUGGCCAGUUGACGCAAGUUCUAGGGAAAAAUGAGGGUAUAAACUGGCCACGCAGUGUCUGCUACAGUCAACAAUAUACCAAGUUAUACGUCACUUGUACCAGAUAUGACGACAAUGGAGACUUUGUGAAAGUGUACAAGGAGUCUGCCUGACAUUUCAAAAAAGAUGACUGAACUUUUCAUGAAAAUAUGCGUAUAAAGGAGUUAAAACAUUCGAUAUUUUGCAAAGAAAUGGACUUCUAGAUAUAGCGUUAAACACAUCGACAGUGUGCGAGACAGUUCAUAGUUUUAAAGUUAACAUGCUGUUGGAGAUCUUUCAGAAUGUACGUUGACAGUCGUGUUCUU